AUGGGUUUCUUUCAAAAUUUCAGGCAAGCUUUUAUUCUCAUCUCUGUUAUCGCAUAUCAAUGCGCAGCUGAGUGCUGGAGAGAUACUUCUUGCCACGGCCCAUCUUCAGCAUCAUUUGAGGGACCAUGGGACAAGUACAACUACGCCCCUAGCACAAGAAACGUAACUCCCAAGUAUGUCCUUUCUUUGCCAAACGGAGAACACAUUUCGGACUACAAGUCCCCUGUUGAACUUUCGUCCGGAAUCGAGGGGUUGGUGUUUGACUUCGGCAUUGAGGUCGGCGGCAUCGUGACGGUUGAUUAUGAACUCUCCGGAGCCAGCAAUGCCAGUUUAGGGCUUGCUUUCACCGAAGCGAAGACCUACAUAGGUCAAAAAUCGGACAAUUCAAACGGCGGCGCUGGUCAGGAUGGCGCUCUCAUCUCCAACAUCUCUGGUGGAGUCGGUACCUACGUAAUGCCCGACGCCAAACUACGUGGCGGUUUCCGCUAUCUUACCCUUUUUCUCACCUCCUCGGCGUCCAAUGCCUCUUUGGAGAUUCGAAACAUUAAUCUCGAAAUAAGUUUCCAACCGACUUGGUCUGAUCUGCGAGCCUACCAGGGCUAUUUUCAUUCCAGCGAUGAGCUUCUUAACAAGAUAUGGUAUAGCGGCGCGUACACGCUCCAGACGAACUCUGUCCCGGGAAAGACUGGCCGAGUCGGUACUAGUACUCUGCGUUCCGGUUGGCAGAACGAUGCAUACAUUGGACCAGGUUCUACUGUUCUCCUCGAUGGAGCAAAGCGUGACCGCUGGGUUUGGAUUGGGGACAUGGGCACUGCUGUGCCGAGCGCAUUCGUGAGUACUGGUGACAUGGAAAGUACCAAGAACGCGCUUCUUGCGAUCUAUGACAAUCAAGCAUCAGAUGGCACUUUGCCAAAGGCUGGCCCUCCUUAUCCUUCCAAAGACAGCGAUACUUACCAUCUGUGGACUCUCGCCGGCACUUACAACUACUUCUUGUACACUGGGGACGAGGAGUUCGUGGAGUCCAUUUGGCCCAAAUAUAUCAAAGCUAUUUCCAAUAGCAGGAAAAAGGUCAACGAAAAGGGAAUUAUGAAUGUCACGGGUGACAAAGACUGGGGACGAUGGACGUACUCAAACGAGCGCAGCUCAGCAAGCAUUCUACUGUACCGCGCCUUACGCACAGGUGCCGACAUUGCCUCCUGGGCCCCUGGACUCACCAACGCUUCUACUUACAAACAAGAAUGGCUCGAUGCUGCUGCCGAACUUCAAACGGCAAUGAUGACUGAACUGUGGGAUGAUGCAAAAGGAGCCUUUAAAGACAGCCCAAAUGACACAUCUCUUUAUCCUCAAGACGCCAACAGCAUGGCAGUUGCCUUUGGUGUCGUGCCAGCUGACAGCGAUCAGGCGCAGCGCCUGUCUGACUACCUUGAGUCAAAUUGGACGCCUAUUGGACCUCGCUGCCCUGAACUCAAGAAUAACAUCUCGCCAUUCAUCUCCAGCAUUGAACUCUCCACCCAUUUCCGAGCUGGGAGGGCUGACAGGGCUCUGAAGCUAAUUCGAGACGCAUGGGGCUGGUAUCUGAACCACCCUAACGGCACCCAGUCCACCGUUCCGGAGGGGUACCUGGUUGACGGCACUUGGGGCUAUCGUGGUGAUCGUGGAUACCGGAACGACCCGUCUUAUGUGUCACAUGCGCAUGGAUGGAGCAGUGGUCCAACAUCGACGAUGACAGAGUACCUUGUCGGGCUGCGGGUUAUCAAGCCCGGAGGAAGCGAGUGGCAGUUCAAGCCGGUCUUAAGUGAGCUUCCUGAAGCAGAAGCUGGUUUCACCACAAGCUUGGGUAAAUUCUCUGCAAAGUUCACAGUCGGUGAUGAUGGCAAGGCUGUUGUGGAGUGGGAUACACCGACAAACACAAAGGGAAAUCUGGUGUUGCCUGGAAAGGAAUUGAAAAGAGUCAAGGGCGGGAAAGGAUCAGCAACUAUCAUCAUUUGA